GCUAAAAGGAAAGCGUCUCGCGCCAGUUUAUUGCGGCAUUAUUUCAGUUUAGAAAAUUUCGUUUCCGUUUCGUCUUAAUUCAUAAACGAUAUAACUUUUUUUCAAGUGAUGCUUAAUAUCUCAUAAACAUGAAUUUAGAGUUACUCGAAUCAUUUGGUCAAAACUAUCCAGAGGAAUUUGACGGUACAUUAGAUUCAAUAUCCUUAGCUGCUACAUGCUCAUUUAAUCGGCGUGGCACAUUACUGGCAGUGGGAUGUAAUGAUGGCAGAAUAUUUAUUUGGGAUUUUCUCACCCGAGGAAUUGCAAAAUCUCUAUCAGCACAUGUCUAUCCUGUUUGUAGUUUGAGUUGGUCCAGAAACUGUAAAAAAUUAUUAUCAGCUUCAACAGAUCACAAUGUUUGUAUCUGGGAUGUAUUAUCUGGAGAGUGUGAACAGCGUUACAGGUUUCCUACACCAAUACUUAGAGUUCAAUUUGAUCCAAGAAAUGAUAAACGGUUUUUGGUGUGCCCUAUGAGACAUGCAGCGUUACUAGUUGACACAGAUGGAGAGCACAAGAUAUUACCCAUAGACGAAGAUGGUGACAUUAAUGUGAUAGCUUCAUUUGAUAGACGAGGUGACCAUGUGUACACUGGAAAUGCUAAAGGAAAGAUUUUAAUUCUAGACUCGCAAUCAUUAACAGUCAAAGCUAGUUUCAAAAUCACUGUUGGUACAUCAAGCACUACUGGCAUAAAGAGUAUAGAAUUUGCUAGACGAGGCGAUUGUUUUCUAGUGAAUACGUCUGAUAGAGUAAUAAGAGUAUAUGACACGAAAACCGUAUUAAAAUCCGGUAUAAAUGGAGAACCAGAGCCCAUACAAAAGUUACAGGAUCUAGUAAAUAAAACGACGUGGAAGAAAUGUUGUUUCUCUGGCGACGGCGAGUAUAUCUGUGCGGGGUCGGCACGGCAACACGCGCUCUACGUGUGGGAGAAGUCCAUCGGAAACCUCGUCAAGAUCCUGCACGGCACCAAGGGCGAGCUGCUGCUGGACGUCGUGUGGCAUCCAAUCAGACCCAUCAUAGCCAGCAUCAGCGCAGGGGUAGUAUCGAUCUGGGCACAGAACCAAGUGGAGAACUGGUCAGCCUUCGCUCCCGACUUCAAGGAGCUGGACGAGAACGUGGAGUACGAGGAACGGGAAAGCGAGUUCGACGUAGAGGACGAAGACCGCUCCAUCGACCAGGCUGGCGAGAGCCGCCACGACGAGGAGCUCGAGGUGGAUGUGACCACAUGCGAGCCCGUCGCAGCCUUCUGCAGCUCAGACGAGGAGGGGGAGGACGAGAAUAUGUUGUCCUUCUUGCCCAUAGCGCCGGAGAUUGAAGACCCAGAGGACGGCUGGGCCGCUACACAAGAAACUGUGACGCCGAGUGAAACUCCGGAAAAAUUGGAACCGGCUGCGAAACGACCGAAAAGCAAAACAUACGAUAUAUCAUUAAAAAUUGCACCACCUGAACAACCUUUAUCGUUUGGCGGGAAAAACAAACAAACAGCAGGAAGUAAAAAAGUUCCAGGCAGACCUCGUAAAUAAAUAAUUUAAGAAAAUUAAACUUUUUUUUACUUACAAUUGGCCAGUAC